CGCGCACAACGACCGCGAGCACGCAGGGCCAAUGCCCUGCGUGCAGGCACGGCCGAUGAACGGGCGGCGUACGGGCGGGACCGCAUGUGGGCGCAGGGCGAAUGGGUGGGCAGCAGGCGAGCAACAAGGCUGGCGAGCAACAAGGCUGGCGCCGAGCGACCAGUCGAUAGAAGGUGAGUGCAGGCUGCGCGAGCGAGCGAGCUGACCUUGGGCAUAGGACGCGCCGACGUGCAGCACAGCAGACGCGCCGACCACGAGCGCGACGGGCGAAUGCCCCGCGUGCAAACGCAGCCGGCGGGUAGACUGCGGGCACAGACGCCAAGGCGGGUGGUCGGAUAGGAAGACGAGCGGGCGGAUGGUGGGCGAGCAGGCGGAGGAGCGGGCGAGCAGGCAAGUGGGCCAGCGGGUAUGCGAAUGGACAAGCAGGUGAGGGCAAGCGGGUACAGGGCGCAGAGCAGCACCACACACGCCGACCGUGAGCGUGUCGGGCAACUGCCCAGCACGCGAACACGACCGACGGACGCGGGGAAAGCGAGCGGGCGGGCAGGCGAACCGAUUGGACAGGUGAGGCGUCGACGGACAAUCGGCCGGGCACCCAAACGAGUGGAUGGACGGGAGAGCGGGCAGGCGGUUAGCGGAGAGGGCUGACGCCUGGAAACCGCAACACACGGCAACGAUGAGCAUGCAGGGGGACGGAUUGACCGAGUAGGUGGGGACAAAACACAGCUCCGAACACAACACACGACGACCGCACCCACGACGACCGCACCCACGUCGACCGCGAGCGCGCCGAGCGAAUUCCCAGCACGCAGACACGGCCGGCGAACGCACAAGC